CGUCUCGUCUCACCUGCCUUCUCUUUAUCCUCACCACGUCCGCCCCCAGCAGAGAGCUGCCGUAAAACCUAUGCUCAUCAGACCAGCGGGGGGUUGUGCCAUAAGAUAAUCUCCUGGACCUUCAUCCUUCUCCAGCCAAGGGCUCGAAAGGAUACCAUGGGCUGGCCAUACCAAUUCCUGACCCUCACUCCCGAGGAGGUCCAACUUCGUCGGGAGUCCCUGGACCAUUAUGCAUUUUGGGCACAUUUAUUGGGCUACAUGCCCAUUCUUGCAUCGGUCACCUUCCGUGUCGGCAAACAGCUUCUCACUCCUCGCGGCGGCGGGGGGAGGGGUGCGUACGAACCCCUCCCGCACUCGCCGGUGAUGACGAGUCAACGACGAAGUGUAACGGGGAGCUGGCAGACAAAGGUACGGAUACUGCAAUGGUGGCUAGACGAUGAUGUCUACCUUGCAGGCGAGCAUGUGGGGACGAAGCAGCAGUGGGUUCUCGGCAUCUUCUGGUUUCUCUGGUUGCUUGCAUUCUGCAUCAUGGGCACAGGCAAUGACUAUCUUCAUUUCACGAAGCGCUUGGGCAUCAUCGCCGUCUCCCAGUUCCCCCUUCAGUACCUCCUCGCCCUCAAGUCGUUCAAUCCCGUAGCAUGGGCUCUCGGCUCCUCCCACGAGGCUCUCAACUCGCAUCACCGUGCGCUGGCUCAGGUCAUCAACACCCUCCUUUCUCUUCACGCCGUCUUCUACCUCAACUACUUCAUCCAAGUGGGGAUCCUGAAGCGCCGUCUUUUCGCUCCCGUCGUCUUCGCCGGCGUCCUUGCUUUCUUGUGUCUGGGCGCCAUGAUGUCCACCGCCAGCGGUUCUCUCCGCCGCCAGUCCUACCGCCUGUUCUUUCUCACCCAUCUCUUCGCCGCCUUUGCCAUACCGUCCUUGAUAUACUAUCACGCGCCCUCCUCUCGUCUCUACAUUACCGUCGGACUUGGCGUUUUCCUUGUCGACCUUACCGCUCGUCGCCUUCGUACCAUCCCGGCCCGAGCCUCUGUUGAGACCAUCCCCGGGACGAACCUCAUCAAAGUAGUUGCCGCCAUCCCUCGUCGCCAUCUCGCCGCCUUUCACGCUCGUCCGGCUUCUCACGUUUAUGUCUCUAUUCCGGCCGAUACUCGCCCCAGUGCCGGCUCGCUCCUGUUCGAGUGUCUUUUCAACCCCUUCACUGUUGCUGCCGUUAAUGACGACGGCAACGCCACCAUCGGAAUUACACUCGUAGCCCGACAGCGCAGCGGCCCUGUUACUAAGCACCUCGCCCAGAUCGCGUACCAGCACCGCUUCCCGCAGCAGUCCGCACUAUCCGCUUUUCCCACCAGUGACGGCAACAACGGCACCACCAAGGUCGCACUGUCUGUCGAGGGACCCUACGGCCUCGUCUCCCGAAGAUACGCAAAUAUGUUGGGCGCAGCGUCGGUAGACCGUAUCCUCCUCGUGGCAGGCGGCGUAGGCGCCACAUUCUGCGUGCCCCUCUACCGCGCCAUACGCGCCGACCACCCUGGCGUCAAGGUCGAGCUCGUCUGGGCCCUGCGCGGAGCGGGCGAUGCGACCUGGGCCGUCUCCCCCCGUGCAGGCGGCGAGGAGCAACCCAGCAUCCUAGACGAUGACAAUGUGCACAUCUAUCUAACCGGCGAUGUCGGCGAGGACUCGGCUCGGCCUGGUUUGAAUGCCGCGCGCCGCACGAGCGUCACGACGUCUUCCGAAUGCGGGGUCGCUGCGUCGUCACACGAGGCGGUGGAGAUGAGCGCGCUGCACCGUGACCGGAGGCGGGACGGGCGCUUCACGGCCUCGCAUAACCGCAAGAGGCCCGACCUCCGUAAGAUCGUGGAUGAUGUGUUCCGGCAUGGUGGUGAGGAGCGGGUUGCCGUGCUUGUCUGCGGACCGGAGGAGAUGGCGCGAGAGUUGCGUGGGCACGUGGGGUCCUGGGUACGGAAAGGUCGGGAUGUGGUGUGGCAUAAUGAGGGGUUUGACUGGUAAGGAUAUGGGUUUUAUCACGAGUAGAACCAUGCCGAUGGGGUUGUUUAGGUCAGGAUAUAUUCACAAACACAAAAAAGAAAGAAAGACAUUCCAUGCCAGUUUCAACAUGCUACUUAGGCUGCGUUGGCGCAUUAUAGCAACGUGUAUUUACGCUGCAAGGUUGAUGGUAUAUUAUACACUGGCGCCGAAGGAACGACCUCCCCCCCAAACCUUCCGUUAUCUCUUCCCUCGUCC